GCCGAGUCUUCAUAUCGGAAUAUCCUUCUUUAUUAUACACCAGCCAGAGGAAGAUUUUGGGAUUUAAUGUUCAACAACUCACCGAUGAACGACGAUUUCAUGAUCGCUGCAAUAGAGGGAAAUGCUGCUGAUGAUAUCAAGCGAAUCCUCGCAGAUCCACGAAAGUUGUUUCUCACACAGGUAGAUGGGAAGUGGAAGUCGACGGGUUAUUCGAUGGAGAUAUUCCGGAGGUUGCAGGUGAAUGAGAUAUGGUUUGAGGAGCACCAAGAGGAGCCAUCGAAAUACGUUAGUAAAGUCGUUUGUGAGUUGCAAGUUGAGCCAGAUAUGGCCAAUAACGAACACUAUAUGCAUGGUGCGUGUGGUGCUUAUCUUACUGAUAUGUGUUCGAAUAUCGUGUUUCUGGCCCACGGAAUGGCAACUAACAACCCCACACCAAGUGUCUCUCAACAAAUUAAUACGAUUUAUCAUUCACCUGCAUCUGUAGGUGACCGCCUCCGAAUCGUUAGCACAACUAUGUCCGUGGGAGAACGUACGAUGACAGCCCGUAUUGAGAUCUGGAAUGCCACCAGACAUCGCCUUGUUGUGUCUGGUUUACAUACGAAGAUGUCACCGUCGACAUUUAGCAAGAAGUCAAGGUUAUAG